GUAAUGUAUUACAUUCUCAUACACAGGAGGUGAUGGAUAGAGCUCCUCGAGAGGCUACUGCAGUCUUGUUUUUGUUUAUUCUGCCGGUCUUGACUACGAAACCAUAUGUGCAGAAGCACUGAGAUUGAUGAAGCAGAAAAUAUAUGCAUUUAUUUACUUCCAACAGAAUAAAGACAGGUGUCGUGUUCCCCUCUUUUGUCCUCAAGUCAGUGGCACAGCCUAUUCAUACCGGUAUCUGCAUUUAAACUGAAAGCAUGGCAACUGCUGGGAAUAGCUUUGUCCUCUUAUGGCAUGUUGAAGAUAGUGACUGUUUGCUGGAUUAUAGACAAAUUGCAAUGCAGACAAUACUAAGCAGAGCCUGAGAAUAAGUGAGGCGGAAGACCGAGGCAUUGCGAUAGCAACGAAGCCCGUGAUGACAUCUGUUUGGAGUGUGCAAAACAGAAGUAUGAACUCUUCGUGGGAAGGAAACAAUAGUAGCCGACCAUUCUGUCUUUUGGGAUUCAGUUACAACGAAACUGUUAACAUUUGUCUUCUGGAAGUAAUCAUCAUUGUUUUUCUCACUGUGUUAAUAAUAUCAGGUAACCUUAUUGUUAUAUUGGUAUUUCAUUUUGCACCUCUUUUGAAUCAUCAUACUACAAGUUAUUUCAUUCAGACCAUGGCAUAUGCGGAUCUUUUUGUUGGAAUCAGUUGCUUGAUUCCUUCUUUGUCUCUUCUACGCUAUUCGACAGGUUCCCACGAAUCUUUAACGUGCAAAUCUUUUGGAUAUAUUGUGUCCGUCUUGAAAAGCGUCUCGAUGACCUCUCUGGCCUGCAUCAGCGUUGAUCGAUAUAUUGCUAUUACCAAGCCACUAUCUUACAGUCAGCUGGUCACCCCAUGGAGGUUGCGUGUUUGCAUUAUAAUAAUUUGGCUCUAUUCCUGCAUUGUAUUCCUUCCUGCAUUUUUUGGCUGGGGCAAGCCAGGCUAUCAUGGAGACAUUUUCGAAUGGUGUGCUAAUUUCUGGGAAACAAAUGCUUAUUUUGCAGGAUUUAUUGUGGCUUUGUUAUAUGCUCCUGCUGCUUUUGUAGUCUGUUUUACUUAUUUCAACAUAUUCAGAAUAUGUCAGUACCACACUAAGGAAAUACGUGAAAGACGUGCGCGAUUUAAUACUCAAGGAAAGACAUCAGAAAAUCCAGCUUGUUCUGAGAAACAUUAUGCUAUGGUUCUCUUUCGAAUUACAAGUGUAUUUUACAUUCUUUGGCUUCCGUACAUCAUUUAUUUCCUCCUCGAAAGCUCUCGCUUUUAUGCUAGCCCAGAAAUAUCAUUUCUGACCACUUGGCUUGCCAUUAGCAAUAGCUUCUGUAACUGUGUUAUUUACAGUCUCUCAAACAGCGUCUUUCGGAAUGGCCUCAAACGUGUCUCGGGUGCUGUUUGUGCUUCGUGUAUCUGAUAUGUGGAAAGCAAAAAUCCUUCAAUGCCUGGAAGUAAAAGAUCUUCCAAUGGCUGCAAUACUUGAAAAGUAUAAGACACGACUUUGUGGUUGCUCCUUCUAUCGUAUCACCUAAAUGUGAUUUUAAUUUCUUGAGGUGGGCUUAAAUUUUGUUCAAGAUGAAUGUAGUGUUGGGUCGACUUUGAGGACAAUUUAUCCCUUGAUAUUAUAAUUAUCAACACAGCCUUUUAUGGGGCAGUUUUUAUUUUGACAUUGAAAUUUAAUUUUUCUAAGGUUUUAUUUUAAUGUUGUGGUCAGAUUUCCUACUUUGUGUCACCUGCUUAUAAUUGUGUAUGAACUGUUUCACUCUUUCUAGGGAAUUUAAAUAUUUGUGGGCCAAUAGUUUUAAUUUCUUAUUGCAUUAUGCAAGGAAUUUUCAAAUAUACUAUUUCACUGACAGUGGACUUGUUUUAUACUCUGAUUUGUAAUCAACUGUGAAUGCAGCAACUAUGUGAAACCGCAAAUUAACAUCUUCACCGUCAGAGGCAGACCCUUUUAAACAGUCCACAAGUUGACAAUUUUGCAGGCUCCUGAAGUUGUAUAGUUGUAACCAUGUCACUAGGCAACUCUUGAGUGCUGUGUAGCAGGUAGAAGUGUUUUUAUAUUCACAAAAUUAUUUCACGACCUGCAGAGAAUUUUCCAAGUCUUUGUAUUUAACAAAACACUGAAAUACACUGUUGAACACAAGUGGUACUAAAACAUUGUUGAGUGAUAUACCAAACCACUUAGGAACACAGAUGUAUUCUGAGCCAUACGUUUUGAUGUCCCAUUUUGUAAUUCCAUGAAUUUAUUUAUACAUAUGGGGUCAUUUAAGAGAUUGCUGGACAUGCAUAUGGUCACAGAAAUUUGAGGGUGCAUACAUGAGGAUCAAUGGUCGGCACAACAUUGUGGGCUGAAGGGCCUGUUCUGUGCUGUACUGCUCUAUGUUCUAUAUGACACAUAAAUGGGUCAGAGGUUGAGUCUUUUAUUUGAUUGGUUUGAUGAUUUUUUAUUAGAUGACACAGCAAGGAAUUAGGUUUGUACAAGUCAUGAACCUUUCAAAGAAAUCAUUCCAAGCUAUAAUCAAUUGUUUUUCCGUAUGGAAAACAUUGACUUUGUGAAAGGAAAA